AUGCCGCGCGAGAACAGUUUCAGUGACUCCGAGGGUCGUUCACUGACUCCCGACCUGGAAGACGAGGUCGAGAACUACGAUAUCAUUCACAAGGGCAACGACCCCGCCGGUCAAGCCGCAUCCACCCGUAUCGGCGGCUUGGACGGAUCUUCUACGACGAAAGGCAGCCGUCCAAACGUUCACGCGCAACGCACAUCUACCAAUCCCCUGCUCGAUGCAGCACCCGACAGACAUGAUACCAUGGAAAGCCGGCCAGGUCACAUCCGACGCCCUGCAGUCCGGACCACCGGUAGCGCUACGGAUCGCUUCCGAACGACCGCCAGGAAGAUCAUACAGAUGCGUCGCACGUACGCCUUCAUGAGCUUGGGCAAUGCAGGCGCCGAACCCGGCGUAGAUCCUAAACGGGAUGAUGUGGACCGUCAAUACCGUCACAUACAGCAAGAGUGCACGAUCGAGAUUAUAGAUUUCAACAGGACGACGAGCAAGGGCAUGAGAAUGACCAACGGCGAUUUCGUGCAACUGAUGCACGAAGAUCAGAAGAGCAAGCCGGAACCCUGGGUCAAGGUGCGAUGGAUCAAUGUAGGUGGUGUGUCUUGGGAUGUUAUCAAAGCGCUGGCGCUCAGAUACAACCUUCAUCCCUUGGCGGUGGAGGAUGUCCUGCACACUCCAAGGCACUCUCGCUCCAAGUCCGACUACUAUAAUCAGCACCUUUUCUUACGGGUAUUGUGCCAUUCUCUCGCGGGUCCCAAUGACCGCGAGCCACAUGAACACGACCAGAUCAAUUUCCCUCAUGCACACGAUUUACCUGCAGAACUCAGGGUUCUCCCCAACGAGUUUCAGUCUAGUUUACCAAGUGGAGUGCUGCCAGUACACGUUGACUUGUUUCCCAACGACAUAGGAGCGACGUCGGGUUCACGUCUUCAUACGCCGCGCAAACGCACGUCAACAUUGAGCUUUCGUCGCAGCGACCGCGUGAAGCUUGCAAUACCGCCCAUCGACGUCGAGAAAGCUCGUAAUUUCAACGAACGAGGUCCACUUUCCGCAGGUCCCCGGGUGGAGAGCCAAGCCGUGCGCGACCGGAGCCUCAACGUGCACACUAUCGAGGCACUGAAACGCACGGGCUCUGGACAGAGAGUGGAUGUGAAGAUACAGCCUAUAUGCGUGUUCCUGAUGCAAGACGGAACAGUCAUCUCCAUCCAUCCAAACCCCGAUCUACAAUUCACCCUACCCAUCUCGCGACGGCUACGGCAAGCGCAGACAAUCCUGAGAUCAAGUGCGGAUGGGUCUUUCCUGGUUCAGUCCAUUCUUGAUCUCAUCGUCGACCGGGCUCUGGAGAUUGUGGACGAGUAUCAAGCGAGGAUUCUGGCACUCGAGCAGGACGUUCUGCUGGUGCCCAACAUGGACACCGUCAAGUUCUUGCACAUCUUGCAAGGUGACCUGAUCCUCCAUAAGAGGACGAUGCAGCCAAUCAAGACGCUGGUCUAUUACCUGAGGCGGUACGAUGUUGAUCGGUAUGCCGCCCUGUGGGAAGGGAAAGACCCGAAGGAUGUCAAGGGGUAUAUGAGCUAUAAGGCAAAAACCUACCUUGCGGACGUUAAUGAUCAUAUGGAAUACAUCUUGACAAGCCUAGACAUGUUUGCUGGGAUUGCCGAUAACCUCAUCAACUAUACCUUCAACAUGGCCAGCAAUCGGAUGAACGAGAUCAUGAGACAAUUAACCGUCGCAACAGUGACGUUCCUUCCCCUGACGCUCCUGACAGGCUAUUUCGGCAUGAAUUUCCAGAACAUGUGGACUGUCAAGCACAACCACACGGAUGUCAUAUUCUGGAUCAUAGCGCUGCCAGUCAUGGCCAUAGUAGUUCCCCUAUUCCUUUGGGUGGACAUUCAACGUGCAUCAAGAGACUUCAAGAAACGUAUGAUCGCCCGUACAACUGCCAAGGAUCUGCGUUUCAAACUAUAA